UUAUUGUGAAAAUUAUUUGCUUUGUUAUUACUUAACAUUUAUUUCGCAUAAGUGUUUUGGCAACUCUACAGAAACGUCAAAGUUGGAAUUUCAACAAUACUACAAUUAAUUCAACAACAUCUCGGAGCUGAGUUGUUGAGGCAUUAAAAAUUUCUCUAUUGCGUUCUUAGGUAGUGCGAGUGAAAAUUGUGCAAGAAAAGUGAACAAAUCAAGAAGAAAAUAUAAAUAUUAGAAUUCGUGUCGAAAAAAUAUUGAGAUUAUUACAAUACAAUUGUAAAAAUUAGUUACACAACUAAUUAAGUGCUUUAAGCACACGCACCUUAAACACUUUUCUGUAGUGCAUGAGAUGCUAAGGAUUCGCAUCAAAAUGGGUCCACAACGGAAUAAGGAAUGGACGUGUUGUUUUGGACUUCACGUUCACACCGCAACAAUCAUGAUUGGCCUUUGGCAUUUGUUCUUGAACAUUUUGGCUCUGAGUCUGCUGGCUGUUAUAUGGCGCAAUCCGCACAUGAUGGAGGAAUUGGAAAAUAGUUACGACUAUAACGUGGAUCCCAAUGCACCAAUUUUGCCUACUCCUUUAAGCAAAAUUGAACCGCCUUAUGCUUAUCGUGACCACUCACUAAUUUAUCGUAAGCAAUAUCAAAAUUUUGAUAUGGGCGGCUUAGUGUGCACUUGUAUGAUAGCAAUAACAUUAAUGAUGAUAUAUGGUACCAUUAAGGGGAAACCAUCACAUUUGUUGCCUUUCUUUUGCUUGCAGUUGUUUGACUUUGCAAUUACAACUUUAACUGCUGCUGGUUACCUGUGCUAUUUGCAAGCAAUACAUCGACUUGUCGCAGAAUCUCCUCGCUUGCCGUGGCGCGAGAAAUUAUUAGAACUUUCACCUGAGGAGUUGGUGAUUGUUGUACUGGUUGUGUUUAUCUGUAUUGUUUUUCUCAAAGCAUAUGCUAUAGGCAUUGUUUGGCGUUGCUACAAAUAUCUCACAUUGCGCCAACAAAAUAUGCGUACAUUGUUACCUUGCGUUAUGCCGGAUAUAGCCAGUGCCAAUUUAGUUGCGGAGGAACGAGCUUAUUCCACACUCUUGCCCAAUUACGAUGAAGCUAUUGCACAGUAUAUGAAACAAGCACCACCACCAUCUUAUCAAGUUGCCAUGUCCAAUUAUGAGGCUGAAGAGAACACCAACACAAAUGAUGCUGAAGGCACUGAUAAUAAUAAUGAUACACCAAAUAACAAUAAUACUGUACAUGUUAACGCAAAUACGCCACCAAUGAGGCGUAAUGAGAACACCGCUGCUGCUGUUGCAGCUGAUGCUGAUGCUGAUAUUAUAACACCUGAUACUGAUGAUAGUUUGUCAACACCACCACCAGCAUACAAUGAUACAGUCACUGUUACAAAUGUGGAUGAACAAGAAUCACCAAUACGUACUGCAACAAAUUCAGCUGCAGUUUCGUCCAUUACGGAAGCUAAUAGCAUUGCUCAGAAUGCUGCCCAUACAAAUGAGAGUCAAGCCUAAUUUGUAUGUGUAGUAGUGAUUUUUUGGAGACUAAAUUGCGUGUAGAGUUUUUUUUUAUAUGUUUUUAUUUUGUAUUUUUAUUCUGUUUUAUUUUUUAGUGCAAUUUUCAAAAUAAGUGUUAAUGUUAUUCACUUUACGCGUUCAUCUUUAACUUCUUUCAAAUUAAUAUCCUUUUUUAUUUUUAUUUUUUUUUAAACAAAUUUGUAACAAUACUGAAAUUCUACACAAUUAUAUGGAGAAAUUAAGCAGGUUGAACUAAACAAAAAUUAUACAUAUUGAAAGUAUACAUAUUAAGAUAAAAAUACUAAAUUUUAUGUAUUAUUC